AUGUCUAUCCCACCGAGAUGGCUGCCGGCAAGCUUGGUGAUAUUUGCGGGUGUUGUGCUGACCUGCAGCAUCUGGCUUUCGGAGGAGUCUUCACUUGCCGCUAUCCCUUGGCCUUGGCACAACUUUAUACCUCCUCCAGCUGUAACGAAUGCAAUCCUGCUGGCUUUUGCUGGCGUCACCUGCAUUGUACUUGCGCCAGCUGGAAGACCGCUUUUGCCCCUGAGGGCGAAAAGCCUUAUAUAUUUCUUCUGGCUGGGCUUGAAUUUGUUAUGGUUCAUAGCAGGGAUCCGCGACCGCGAUUUCCGCAAACCCAGUUGGCUGAAUCAAACCCGCGUUCCUUCCCGGGCCAAGCACCUCAGCGAGCCCGUGCUGCGCCUGCUGCGCCUGCUGUACGGCGUGGGUAUGGCCUCAGCUUGGCCGCUGCUGGGCAACCUGUUCGUGGCGCUGCUAUCCGGAACGGACCGCGGUCUUUUCCUGCUGGGCGCUUGCCUCGGAGGGGGAUUGGGACAUGAGGAGGGGGUGCUGUCACACGCGCUGUGCGGCACUGCUGUAUGGGUAUGGGCGGCGAGCCACGCGCUUCUGACCCAGAUACCCAUGUUGGUCGCUGGGCUGUGGAGAGUUAUCGUACUGCCCCCCUGGGACGGCUCCGAAACCAAGGCCACAUCCAACUUCAUGGGCCUUAUGGCGUUCCUGUCGCUAUGUGCCCUGGGUGUGUCCUCCCUCGCCCCAUUGCGCCGCCGCUUCUUCAACACCUUCCAGGUGCUGCACUUGGUGCUGGCACCCGCGGUACUGCUGUUCGGCUGCCUCCACGACAAAAACAUCUUCUGGUACGGCAUGCUGGGCGCCACACUGUAUGCCGCGGAUGUCGUACAGCGCUGGAUGUUGCGCCGCCGCACCGCCGUUGCCACCGCGACUGUAUACCCGCACCAUUCCCGAUAUUCCGCGGCGAUUUCGCACUCACUGGCGGCGGUGACGUCAACUGGUAGGAAUCCAACGACGUCCCAUGGGUCAGUGGUGGCGACCGUCGCCGCCGCCUCCACUGGGUCGGUGGCGGUGGCAAUGGGAGGCGGCUCCGGAACCGGAGCCCUCGAUGACCGCCAGUUUGUGGUGUUGCGGAUUCACACGGGGGGCGGUGCACCGGGGUGUGUUUGCGGCCAACACGUGUACCUCAAGGUGGAUCGGGGGGUCGGGGGUCGGGGGGGGGAGGUGGACGUGGGUGUAUGCGGUGAAGACCGCCUGUUGUUAUUCGCGGGCGGCGCGGGCAUCACCCCCAUCGCGUCCAUACUGCAGGCGCUGCUCGUCACGACGCCGGCGGCGGCGGCGCCUCCGCCAGGAUAUGACACCGCUGCCAAGGAUUGGAUUCCCCAGGGCCAUAAACCUCGAAACACCCAACCAGGGGAGAUCCCGCCGACUUCGCCUCCUUUGCCGCCGCCGCCGCCGCAGCAUCAGCUGACGGCGGGUGCGAGCGGAAUUGGUGUGUGGGCUGUGUCUGGCGGCGCCGCCGCCGCCACGGCCGCGGCAGCCGCGGCAACGGAGAAGACUUCCGAUGCGGCGGCGGCGGCGGCAUCAGCGGCUUGGAGCUGCUCACACGUGCACCUGGUCUGGGCGUCGGACGCUCAGCCGCUGCUACCGCUUCUUCGCGCCGCCGUCGCUAGGGGCUGGACUGUAGACCUACAUUGCACCCGACAGCCAUGCCGUACAUCGCCGUCGACGACGGUUAAGCCAUGUACGGCAAGCACCGUGUGCAGAUCUUCUGCUGCCGCUAUGUCGAUAGCAGGUCCUACCGCCGCCGCCGCUGCAGCGGCACAUGAUGACGGGGCACCUGGCCCCGACGCCGUCGCCAAGGUAAAGGUGAUGGCGGCGCCGUGGCAGCUUCAAGGCCCCGCCUGCUGGGGGGUGGCGGCUCUGGCGGCCCUCCUGGGCGCCGUCGGAGCGAACUUGGGCAGUACGGCAGCCAGCACCCACAAUUGCAUGGUCGCCACGCCGGCUGCCCUUGGCGCCGGGGGGGAAGGCGGCAGUUUUGACACCGCCGCGGCUGAAUGGAUGGCGUCCGUCCGUGCCGCGUUUCGGCCGUCCGCCGCGUACGACGGCGCUGGCGGCGGCUCCGCCUGGUCGUGGCUUUUGACGGCUGCACUCCAGGGAAGUGCCGCGACGUCAGUGCUCCGCUGCCCGGCGUCGCUGCUACCGUCGGCAGUACGGCAGGGCCUUGACGCUGCGUUGGCGAAGGGGAUUCACGCCGCCGGGAAGAAGGCGCUUAAGGCGGCGGGUGGUGUUGGGACCGUCAGCCUUAAAGUGUGCCGUGCCUUCGGCGUAGCGGCACCAGAGCUGUGUGUCAAAUGUGAUCCCUUUAAAGGACCUGGCUCGGGACUUGACCGCCUGUGGCCGUGCUGCCAGGCGCGUGUGUGCUUCUUUGCAGCGCGGCUGGCACCGCUUCUGGGCUGGGUGGCGGGAGUACUGCUCGGGGCGGCGGCGGCGUGUCUGGUGUGGCAGCGGUGGCGCAUGGCAGCGGCGGCGGCGGGGCGUGGGUCCGGUCGGCGCCGGCGGGUGCUGUUACCGGCGCCCCCCCCAAGUCACCCAGCAGCAGGGGGCAGCUGGCUCCGUGGACUGUGGGCGCGCAGCCCCGCCGGGGGGGUUGCGAGACACGAGGCGAGGGCGGCGGAAGGGCGGCUGCACGAGGUCCACGACGGCGUCGGCAAUAGCGAUAGCCAUUGCGCGGCGGAUGGUACGGCGGCGGAUGGUACGUUGGCGGUGGAACGUGCCAUGGAGGAGGGUGGUGCGGGUAUUAGGACCAACGCGGCAACGGCGGGGGCGGCGGCAGCAGGGGGGUCCCGUCAUCUGCUCCCGGGGUUGGAGGCCAUGAUGUUGCCCGGUGUGCUAGCGGACGUGGAGGCGGAGGCGGAGGCGGGAGUGGAAGCUUUUCAGCGGACUUAUGGCGAGGAAGUCGGUGGUGUUAGCGGCGGCACGGAAGGUGGAGGGGUGUCUGGCGGCUCUACAGAGCGGCACGGGGAUAUUAGUGGUAAGCAGGUGGUGUUGAAGAGCGGUCCGCAACUCAGAGGUGCUGGUAUUCGUGUGCAUGUGGGCCGUCCUGACGUGGAUGCGUAUGUGGGGGGGGAGGCAGCGGCCAGCGGCGGGGGAGGGUGCAGCGCUUACCCCCGGGCAGCAGCAGCAGCAACAUACCGCGAUGUGGUGGUGUUCGGCGUCGUGGUGUGUGGACCUGAGUCAUUGCAGGCUGCUGUGGAGGCUGCGUACCAACGGCACCUGCAUAAGGCCUAUCCAAAGUCUUGGUUUCGGGGCUUUAGUUUUACGACAAGUACGGAGGGCCCGAUGCCAACCCCGGAUAUCACACCGGACGAGACACUCCGAGUUUGGCCAUUCCAGCACAGAUUGCAGAGUCAGACAACAGAUACCAACUAA